AUGGCGCAAUUCCUGAAGUGUCCACAUCAUGUUUUCGAUUCCAACAAAGUUUAUUACCAUGUCUACGUUUACAUUCUUCCUGAGCUUCGCCCAUUUCUACCCGUUUUCGAGUCGAUUGAGGCGAAGAAACUGGUUGAAGAUGACGGGGAAGAAAUGAUUCAAAAGAUAUUGGAUAAAUCGAAUAAUAAAUUGAGAAUGUACGGAUCGGCCAAAGAACUUGCCGAGAAUCUCAAAAUAUUCAGAAAUUUCUCUGAAAGUUUUCGUCUUUUUCAGAGCAGUACAUAUCCUUUCAAUGCAUCAUCAGUCAUUUAUGACAGCUUGAAAGGCAAUAAAUAUCUCUGUAAACCGGAUAUUUAUACGAUUAUACAUAAUAUCGCCCUGCACACUAUUAAUCAUGAGGAUACCGUGAUGCUUCAUUUGUUGCUUGCAAAGGUUCUGAAAUCCAAAAUUGGGCGAACUGAUGGACCCGUUGAAUUUGUGGAAUUCGAUGAGAAAAUGUUCGAUGAAAUCGAGAAAGAGAUGAGAGAAGUAGAGAAUAAGACUCACGAACAAGCGACCGCGCAACUUGAAUAUCUAGAAAAGUUCGUGUUGAAUAAGAAUUAUGCAGCGAUCAUUUCAAAAGUGCGGGAAUUGAAUCCAACAAUCUGGGAUGAUGGCAUGGCAAAUGCGUUUCUCGAGCAGCUACAACCGUUGUCUAAUACAGAAAUCGGCAAACAAAAAGAGUACAUUUUCGACAUGCUCAUCGAUAGUUAUAUCAUGAACUGUAUUGAACAAAUUAUGGCGAAACGAGCAACGCUUUUCAUGUCUACACGGAAAUCUUGUCCAAUUACAGUAAGACUGUUUGAGGAUGGAGAGGAGAGAUAUGUGAUGACGGAGGAAUUGUAUCAUGCAUUGAAUAGAUUAUCUACUGGAUCUGUGAGACUCGAAACUCAAAGUGAUGGAUCGGUUCCCAAUGCAAUGAACUUUGAAGAUGUGAAGGCGGAGUUUGGAAACAUAAUUCAGAAAAUUGAGUUCAUCCGCACUCCGAUUCUUCGCUCCAAACACCGUGCAGUUCCUAUUAGAGCACACUUUCCUGGACAAUUCGUCAUUCCAGCUGUCGAUCAUUUCUUCGAAUUUUGGAGAAAUCUGAUUUUAGGAUUAAAACUAUUCCAAAUAUAUCAAUGUUCGGAUUGGGAGAAAUUCGCCCCAUUUUUUCACAAUAUUGAAAAUGUUUUAUAUGUUGAAAAAAAAGAACAAUACUUCUUGGGGUCUGGAUUUUGCUUCGAGAUUGUAGUGAGCGACUCAUUGCAACUAUACGAAGUUUCAACUAUUAAUGAAGUCAGAAAUGCGAAGAAAAAUGGAUUCACUGCACAGGACCUGAAGAACGAACUGAAAUAUCUGGGUCUCACUGUCACAUUCCCUGAAAUUCAAGACUAUGCUGAAGCAGUCUAUGAAGGAAUCUAUAAAGCAAAGAAAAAGAGAUAUCUCAGAACUUGUGAUUUAUUUGAUGCGGUGGAGAAUUGUCAAUUGAUUUGUGUGCUCAAUAGAAUUCCGAAUUAUCAGAAGUUUCUUCACAGUCAGAAAGGAUGCAAAAGAGUUUUCGGAUACAAAUGUGAGCAUUGUGAGAAGGAGAAGGAUGUUCAGAAGACGCCAGAUAUCCAGGAUUCUAUGAAGAAUCCUAAAAUCGAGAGCUCAAAUGAGUCGGCUUCUAAUCAAUACUCACAACCGGCUCUCUCGGCUCCAAAAGACUGCGAUAAGUGCUCAGAAUCUUCAAAAUCACUCGAGGAGGCUGAAAAUGAGCUGAAAAUGAGUAAAGAUCAGUUGAAGGAGAUGCAACAGAAGAUAACGAAUACAGAAAAAGAGCUGAGUUAUCUGAAGAAAGAAAACGAGAAAAUUGUGCAGUCGGAAGCCAAGAAGACGGAGGAAUUGGCAGAAUUGAAGGAGGAAUUGAACAAUGAGAAAGAGACGAAUCAGGAGAAAGAAGAAGAGAUUCUGAAGGCGUCAAAGGAGAAUGAGGAACUCCAGAAGACAAUUCUCAAGUUGACAGCUGAAAAUGAGGCAAAUGAGAGAGUGAUUCAGAAGUUACUCGAUAGAAUUACCGAUUUAUCAGCUAAUAAUCGCAAAACUAGUAAAAUCGAUGAGGAAACUAUCGAAGAAUCGACUCCGAAUGCUUCUGUCAUCUCUAAAAAUGCUCCCCUCAUUAUCGAUUGUCUCAUUUGUUCCAGUCAAAUCAAGGCGGGACAAGAAGUCAUCAGAUGUCCACUGUGCAAACGAAGAUUCCAUUCGAAUUGUGCAUUCAAAUGGCGCAAAGACCACACUCAAUGCCCGGCGUGCAAUGGAGAUCUCCCUGGAAUUUAA